GGUCAAAGUAAAAGGCGGGACUUUGUCUAGAGAUAAACGAAAUGGCUAACAUAAGCUGCAAUAAACAGCUUAAAAAAAUAUGGAUUGCUCUGAAGAGGCUUGAUCAAAACGACGAAAGAGUAAUUGCUUUAAGAGAAGUCAGUAUAACCAGGGAUGCAGAGGUGACCACGGUUAAAGAAGUUAUAACACAUUCUUUUGGACUGGCUUCCCAUGUCACAUUGAAGAUAAGAAAUAGCCAUGGAUCCCUAAUUCCUUUAAACAACUCUCUACCUGGCAGCACUAAACAAAGGCCUCAUGUUUUGGAAGUUGCUAAGACCUUCCAGCAUGUUACUCCAAGGCCCCGGGUUGUUGCCAUGAGACUUCAGAGUGUUGUGAGGAGGAUUGAGCGUCUUGAAGAACUUCUUCCUCGGAUUAAACUGCAGCAUCAUGAAAAGAUGAAUAAGGACAUUGAAUUGCUGAACCAAAAGUUGGUAUUUCUUCAUAAAAGAAUGAAGAUGGCAGAUUCGCACUGCUGGAAAGGGAGACUCAUAAGGCCUCCUCUGUGGUAGCCAUGGCACCGGAUAUGUUUACAGUUAAUCCCUCAGGAGCUGUUAUGAGUAGAGGCAAGGGCCUUUAUAAGUGUGUUUGGGCAUCAAACCCAGUGUGUUGUGUUCUUGAGAUGGAUGCAUAGUUUAAAUGGCCAAUUAGAGUAUGUUCUUCUGCAUUACAUCAAGAGAGAAUAAUGCAUUUUAUUGUAUUUAUUUAUUUGUGAUGUUAUACACAUGAUUUGGACAUGUAUAGAUUUUUAUUUAAGACUUACAGGUGAAUUAUGUAUUAAAAUCAUUUGACAUA